GCCCAAGCAUGUGCUGAGUCAAGGGCCAUCGGGUGCCCGUGCGCCCCCCGCUGCGUCUCCGCCUCGCUGGGAUGGUCUGCGCUGCUCGUCUGAGGUGGCUUCCCGACCAAUUCGCUCAAGGUAGGCAGGUUCGUGCUCGCCUCAACUCGUACUCCGACCGCGUGACCUUCAACUUCGUCCUCCUGCCGAUCUGGGACCCCGCCAUGCUCAACAGCUUUGCGAACCACCUCGUCCAGCUCAUGCCCCAUUCACUGCAGGGCGCCGUUGUGGUCGAUCAUGGGCACUCCUCGUCGACAGGCGCGUCCCACAGAUCGGUCUCCAUGAAGCGCGUUCCUCCUGUUCGUGCUUUCGAUCAACCUGCUGGUGAAGACCCGGGUGGUCAUGACGGUGGUGAUGAACCUGGACGCGGUGGCUUUCCCCCUGGUCGUCGGCAUCGCGAUGCGUUUCGGCUGGCUCCUGAUCCUUGGCACGGUCAUGGAGGUGCUGACCCUUGGGUUGCGGCGGCGGCGGUGCCCAAGAAGCCUAGGACCCGUGGCCUCCCUUUGGUUCCAUCGUUCCCUGCGCUUUGUGCUGAAGGUGUUCGCCCCGAGCCUUUCCAUGACGAAGCUGUUCGCGAAGCGCCUCUCCAUGCUGUGGCUUGUGCGGAUCUUAUUCACGCUUCGGAGGCUCGUGCGAGUGCUGAUCUACCUGUACGUGCUGAUCCUGAUGUCGGUCCUCACGUCCGUGCGGAUUUUGAUGUCGAUCCCCAGGCGCGUGCUGAUCUUCCUGUUUGCGCUUAUUAUGUACGUGCUCCUGAAGCUGAUCUACCUGUACGUGCAGAUCUUGAUACGGAUUUUCCCGUGCGUGCGGAUCCUGAUGUCGAUCCCCAUGCUCGUGCUGAUAUUCUUGUACGUGCUGGUCCUGUACGUACUGAUAUUCCUGUACGCGCAGGCCUUCAUGUACCUGCAGAUCCUGCCCGUCCUGAUUCUGAACGUGCUGAUCACGUAUGUGCUGAUCUUCCUGUACAUGCUGAUCCCGUUCGUGCUGGUCCUCAAGUACGUGCUGAUUUUCUGCCUCACGAGCUGGGCGGAGUGCCUGGUGGUCACGACUGCUGGAGCCCAGCCCCAAGCAUGCUGAGGAGCCCAAAAACUUCCUUGUUGC